AUGAAUGAUCAAGAAGGCGGUAGCACACUCGCCCAAGCGGCGCGUACAAACGAUGCGGGGCAUAGUGAGAUGAAAUUUGAGCAGAUCGACGUGACGCAUCCCCCACCUUAUGCAUGCUGGGACCAGUAUCUCCAGCGGCACACAGAGAGCGAAGCAGAUACCAUGACAAUAUCACAACAAGGGAAGACGCGACCCAGUGCUUCAUCGACCAAGGUUGAAAGGACGAUCAAUCAACGCAAACACGGGAAAUGUAUCGAGUGA